GUCAGAGACUGCAGACAUACUACAGCGGAUGGUCAGAGACUGCAGAAAUACUACAGGAGAUGGUCAGAGACUGCAGAAAUACUACCGGAGAUGGUCAGAGACUGCAUACAUACUACAGGAGAAGGUCAAAGACUGCAGACAUACUACAGGAGAUGGUCAGAGACUGCAGAAAUACUACAGGAAAUGGUCAGAGACUGCAUACAUACUACAGGUGACGGUCAGAGACUGCAGGCAUACUACAAGAGAUGGUUAGAGACUGCAGACAUACUACAGCAGAUGGCCAG